AGGCGAAUAAUCAACAUCAGGACAGCUUGAAAUUAGAAACCAGAGUGAAGAUGGUGGCUCUCUAAACUUGAGAAUAAGACAGAUCCACAAGAUCCAUAAUUUUGGAAUCCAUGGAUUCCAAACUCAAACCUACUCAAAGUUCAUUCUCCAAGUUGGCAGCACAUGAUAGCCUAAUUGAAUUCUCUAAAGUUGUGGGUUCAAAUAAAAGUUCCCAUGGGCAAAACAAUGGUGGCUUGUCCAUGCCACCAAAUGUCCAAUUAACAGUAAGAACCGGCAUCCAGAAUGGACAGAAACCUUCACUUUGUUUAUGUCAACAGACUUUGGAAGAUGCUAAUGUAAAUCAAAGAAAAUUGGCAACAAUUAAUUCAGGGAUUCAAUCGAAAAAAGAUUCAUAUAAUGAAGGGAAAGAAAGUAAGAAUGGUGCUAUUGAUCACCAGAAAUAUUUUGAAUUCUAUUUCGAAAUUCUAGCAAAAGAAAGCUCUCGUUCAUCUCAGAUUGAAUGCGCCCAAUGCUUACCAGAUUAUGAGUCAAAAUAUCAUGACCAAAUUGAUAACAGACAAAGUAAUGAUAAAAAAGAUUAUAUAGAAAUAUCCGAUGAUGAUGAUGACGAUAUUAUGCAGAAUGAUAGACAGAUAAAUCACAAAGAGGUGAUCAAUGGACAAAAUUUUAAUAAACAAAUCGAUUCAAAUAAAAGUGUCAAACUGAAACAAAUAGACCAACAGACAAAUGAAAAUGUCAAAGGGCAAGUGCUAACAACAGAAAUUCUUGAAGAAGAAGAAGAGUUUCCCUUAAUUGUAAGCUUGAAACAGCAAAGUGAAGAGAAUGAUCUUUUUCUGUGCAAGGAUUGUGGUGAGGCUUUUCAACAAGAUGCAACAUUUAGAGAACAUCAAGAUAAGAAACUGUGCAAGAAAGUUGUUUGUACUUUUUGUGGACAAAAAUUUGUCACCCGUGAUGAUUUGGAAAAGCACAAAGCAGUAAUUCAUCAUAAAUGUCUUGAAUGCAAUAAGCUUUAUAACAGUGCAGAAAAAUUGAUGUUGCACAAUAGGCGCCACCAUAGUGCUCCAAGACAACAAAACGUUAACAGGCAAAAAAGUAUUAAAAAAAUUCAAAUAAAGUUGAAGACAGUUGCAAAUGUUGAAGAACAAGUAAAACCGACAGAAAUUCAAGAACCAAAAGCGAUAGCAAGACAUUCGUCGGUCUUGUCCACCUGUGGGAUCUGUCUUAAAGAGUUUCCCACGGUCCUGAGUUUGGAAAAACAUUGUAAAGAGAAUGGUCAUUUCCUGUGCAAGGAAUGUGGUGAGGCUUUUCAGGAAGAUGCAACAUUUAGAGAACAUCAAGAUAAGAAACUAUGCAAGAACGUUGUUUGUACUUUUUGUGGACAAAAAUUUGUCACCCGUGAUGAGUUAGAAAACCACAAAGCAAUAAUUCAUCAUAAAUGUCUUCAAUGCAAUAAGCUUUAUAACAGCGCAGAAAAAUUGCGUUUGCACAAUAAGCGUCACCAUAAUCCACCUUACACUUGCCUCCAGUGUGGCCAGGAAUUCCCAACGCAUUCUGCAUGUAAGACGCAUGCGCUGACCAAACACCAAAAGCGGAAGUUUUGUUGUCCCGAGUGUGGGAAAAGUUUCACGAGAAUGGCUAUUUUAAACAGACACGCUACCUAUACGCAUAGUGAACAGAGAAAUUUUCAGUGUGAGAUUUGCUCAAAGACCUUCAAACGGCCGGAUGCUUUGAAGAUUCACAUGAUAUCCCAUUCAGAUAAUAAACCAUUUCACUGUGAAAAAUGUGGAAAACAAUUCAACCAAAAAAUAUGUUACACAAAACAUCUACCAUGUCGAAAGGGUAAAGGACGAAGCCAGGUGAAGAAAGUUGCAUCGAAAACGGCAUUGGAAGAUCACGUCAUUCGAGAUAAGGAAAUGUUUGAAAGUACAACAAGUCUUGAAAGCUCUGUGGAUGAAGAAAUUAUAAACAUGGGGUGUCAUUGUCCGCCUUCGUGUUCGUGCAAAACAUUUUCCAUUGGCUUGAAAGUUCAAGAGACGGAACCAAGAGGUCCUAGCCUGAAUGGCAGUAAGGAAAUUGCGUCGCUACCAUGUUGUUGUAAUGAAAAUGUUGAACUUCCUAGUCUUCCUAUGGAAACACUUACCUCCGCGACGUAGUGACAAUACUAGGAUGUAAUGUAUAUUAUUUUUAUUUCCAAAACUGAUUUACUAUUUUGGGACGCUAUUCAAAAAUGAAGCAUUAAUUUGGUAGUUUAUUAACACACAUCGCAUUGCGCGGAAACGGGCAAACUUUCGCAUAUUUUUGCAUACUUAUUUCACAAAAUUCCAAUGACACAGUGAAGAAAAUGUAAAUGUUCUCUUACCUUUCCCGCCCUUUUAAAAUGUCAAAACCGACUUUCCCGACUCUGGUAAAACGUGAAUCCGCCAUCGCUAUAAAUAAAUUUUGGAAAUUUUAUGCUAAUAUGUAACAUGACGUUCCUCUUGUCGCAACGCUGUUUAUCGAAAACUGACGGCU